GCCUAUUAUGAUAAACGUCGGAUGAUAUGCGGCGGGAGUUAACUCGAUCCGCACUCGAUUCACUUUUUCACAAAAAUGGUAUUAUUGUUACCGACGGAUGCACUGCAUUACAAUCCGUGAACUGUGUUAUCAGCAUAAUCAGCUGUGCAAAAGACCAAUAAAUAUUUGUUAAAUAAAAUGGAUUCAAUAGCUUUUUUUUGGAUUUUAAUGAAAGUACAAACAAUGAUGCAAUACGAACCCGGAAAAAAGUAAGGGAUAAUGCUGUUGACGUGUUCCAGUUGCCGGAUGAUGUAUUUGUUAAGCAAUUCCGUCUUAAUAAGAUAGCUUUCCAAUAUGUUCUUAACAUAUUAAAGAGGGAAAUGCUUCCUGUUAUUAAAACAUGGUCGAUAUCGCCAGAGCUCAAACUAGAAGCCUGUCUAAGAUUUUUUGCUGAAGAGGGUUAUCAAAAUGGUACUGGGCAGGAUUUUAAUAUUGGCAUGGCGCAGUCCACAGUGUCCAUAGUACUGUCAGAAGUUUUAAAUAUUUUAGAGGCAACACUAUGCCCCAGAUGGAUAAGUUUGGCAAUGACCGAGACUGAAGAGCUUGAAGCCAAAAGAUAUUUUUUUGGAAAAACAAGAAUUCCCGGCAUAGUUAUGUGCGUAGAUGGCACCCACAUAAAGAUUUUGAAACCUGCUGGAGACAAUUCGCACCUUUAUUAUAAUAGGAAAGGAUAUUACAGUAUUAAUGCAAUGAUAAUAUGUGACCAUAAGCAGCGAAUAAGGUAUGUGAACAGUAGGUACGCAGGUGCAAGUCACGAUUCCUUUAUUUGGGAAAAUAGUGAGGCUUCAAGACAUUUCCAAACCAUGUAUGAAAAUGGACACAGAAGCACUAGAUUGUUGGGUGACUCUGGAUACCCACUUUUACCCUGGCUGAUAACGCCCUUCCCAAAUGCCGGAGCGAAUACACCCCAAAGCCGUUUCAAUAAAAGCCAUAGCUCGGGUCGCAAUAUUGUUGAACGCACAAUAGGUGUCUGGAAGAAUUCAUUUUUUAAGUCUCAAUUGCUUGUUAACUUCUCCUAA